AUGGAACUUCCCGAUAAUGUUCAUGUCAUGCACCAUCCGCUGGUUCUGCAUAAAAUAUCCUUGCUCAGAGACAAACGAGUUCGUCCGAAACAGUUUAGAGAACUUGUCCAUGAAUUGACUCUUUUGCUAGGAACCCUGGCUACAAGUGACUCGGACUUGUCAACUACUAAAACUCUUCAGUCGCCCGUUAGUCCUUACAUGGGUGUACAACUCAAGGAUGAAAUGGCUAUAUUUCCCAUCAUGCGUGCUGGUCAGGGCAUGGUAAAUGGUUUUCUGGAGCUGAUCCCUAAUGCCCGUGUGCAUCACUUGGGACUUUAUAGAGAAAAGUCUACACUUUUACCAGUCGAAUACUACAAUAAGCUUCCCUCUGUUUGCAAGAUCGAUGUUGGGUUUCUAGUCGAUCCCAUGAUUGCGACCGCAGGCACUGCUAUUGCUGCGGUUAAUAUUCUUAAGGAUUGGGGUUUGAAACGCAUCAAAUUGAUCUCCAUUGUUGCCUCUUAUCCUGGUCUAAACGCCCUGCUCAAGGCUCAUCCAGACAUUGAGAUCUACGUUGCUUCUGUAGAUGAAGAGAUUGAUUCUAAUGGUUACAUUAUUCCUGGUCUGGGUGAUGCUGGUGAUCGGUAA